CGCCAGCGGAACUCUCUCUCGGCAUCUGCAUCCGUUUGGGACUCGUCUGGGACUCGGCCACCACCAAUAUGGACCGGCUCAGCAAGGCAUCCAGAUUCCUCGACUCGGUCCGAGGCACCGACAAGGUGUUCAUGCUCAUCCAAUAUGUCUCCAAGAUUGCUGUGUGGAAGCUCAAGAGCCGCCACCCCGAGUCACCCUUGGCGGUCCGCAUUCAGAACCUGGCCGCACCCAUUUCCGACACCCGUGUGCUCCUCCGCUACUAUGGGCUGAUUCCGCUCGUCCGGUGGAUCAUCAUCUCGGAGCUGGACACAUCGACCACGCCCGUCCUGCGCUGGCUUGUCCGCCUCCAGAACGCCGCCAACCUGGCCUACUACCCGCUCGAGCACAUCUACUGGCUUGCCUCACACAAAGUCAUAUCCAUGGACGCCAAGCUCCGCGAAAAGAUUGGGAUGUGGUCCUGUCGGUUCUGGGCGGCCUAUGUGGUCCUGUACUUUAUGCAGCUGGGCGAGGAGUACCUGAUGCUCGGUCGGGAGGGCGCCGAGCUGCAGAGACGAGAGGCAGCUCUUGGUGACAAGCCCAGCGGUCGCGAGACAUGGCAGCUCGAGAAGCGAGUCUUUGAGGACAAGAAGCACUCGUGGCUCAUGAACACCGUCAUCAACUCGGCCUAUUUCCCGAUGACCAUCCACUGGUCGCUUGAGAAUAGCCCCAUUUCGGAUGUUUCUAUCGGUGUCUUGGGAACGAUUGCUGCCCUCGCUCAGCUCCAUAUGACCUGGCGAUCGUCCUGAACAGGGUUACCCAGCGGCCGGCUUGUUCAGGAAGCCGAGCAUAUGUGAGCUUCGCUGCGUGCACGAUUCGGAAUGUUGCAGAUCCCUCUGAGGAUCUCGGAUCGACCGGGCUCCUGAAUACACACCUCACACAGUGAUGACCCACCUCAUAAAAGCGCGGGCCACUGGCGCAAAGGACGCAAAUCCAUCAGACACCUGCGACGCAAGAGUACCAAGCGAGCAGAGA